AUGGUGCUCCUCACCCCAAAGUUUGUCCAAAGAGUAUCACUUUUUGUGUCGUUCGGAGGUUUGAUCUCAACAUUUGUCACAACCUUUCUGCCACUAUGGAAGACGAUGAACUCUGACCUAAAUGAGAUGGAGAACUGGUACGAGGGUCUUUGGCACAUGUGCAUCUACACCGAAGAAGUCGGCAUACACUGCAAAGCCUUCGAGUCUUUUUUAGCUCUACCACCAGAUACUCUGGCAUCACGGGUGUUCAUGUGCAUCUCAAUCGUAACGGGAUUGCUCGGUGUGCUCGCUGCAUUUUUCGGACUCGAAGGUGUGCAGAUAGGAGCUGGACGAGAGAGGAUGAAGAGAACGCUGCUCAUCCUGGGUGGAGUGUUGAUAUGGGUUUCAGGGAUAACGACUCUGGCGGCCGUUUCGUUGAUGGCGUACAUAAUGGUGGUGAAGUUCUGGGAUGAGAACCUUCCAGAUGUGAUGCCACGAUGGGAAUUCGGAGAGGCCAUGUUUUCUGCCUGGUUCUCUGGACUUCUGCUGGUCGUCGGUGGGACAUUUCUCUUUGUUGCGGUGUGCAUGGGAGACCACGAAGCAAAACUCCAAAGUCAAAUCCUCGCAGGCAAUCAAGAACAUCGGCCGAGAACACAGCAUUACAGAAAAACUGAAAUCCUAUAG